CAACGUGCCAGACGACAUCGGCGACGAUGCACCUGAGCUCGACUUCGUGUUCGUGUGAUGAACACACUCCCAUCGACGGAUUCUCCGGUAUAUUCUGAUCGUUGGCGAUGAAGGCGACAAGAGCAAUGUUAUUGUGCAGAGUCGCGCUAUGCGGCGGGAUUUACGAACUUGUGCUAUUCUCUACUGCGAAUCUGGCGGAUUGGCCCGGAUCUCUGAGAGGCACUGUCGAGACUCAUGCUAUGGCUGCACGUUCUGUUCCCUCGUUCUGUUUCCGCCCAGCUCGUCGCCAACAGCGACGCAGUAGCCAGCACGUUCGCCGCCAACGCCAUCCCGCCGAGUCAGUCUUAGGUCUCUCUCCUCCCCCUCUGCGCGGGUGAGGAUCCGCAUCGGUUGGUUCCAUUCAUGCUUCACCCACUCGCGCACAGCCCACAGAUCCACGCCUCGGCCCAUCGCUCCGUUUCGUUCACGGGCAGCAGAUUCUGUGACGGAAU